CAGAAACACACAACCUCUAAAAAAUGGAGCAAACUCUAUAUUUCAUUCUUCUUCUCAUUGCUCUCUGCUCCGUAUCUGAAUGUGUUCAGCGUCAGUAUCACUUUAUAAAUGAGAACAAGACCUGGACUGAAGCUCAGAGAUACUGCAGAGAGAAUUACACAGAUCUGGCCACAGUUGACAACAUGAACGACAUGAACGAGCUGAAGAAGAGUGUGAAUGGUGGAGGUGUUCAGUAUAUCUGGAUUGGGCUGCAGAAGACGGGUCGUGAUAAAUGGCAGUGGUCUUCAGGUGAACCUGUGCUCUAUCUGAACUGGGGAUAUAAACAACCUGAUGGCAGAGAUGAGUGCGCUUUUAUGAAAAAUGGAGAAUGGCAUGAUGGGAAAUGUAGUCAAAAAUGGUAUUUCAUCUGCAACGACAAAAACACAGGACUCGUCUUUAUCAAUCAGAGGAUGAACUGGAGAGAGGCUCAGAGUUACUGCAGACAGAAUCACAUUGAUCUGGUCAGUGUGAGAAACCAGAAUGAGAAUGAGAAGGUUAAGAAGAUCAUUAGUGAUAAUAAUAAAUCUGGAUCACAAGUCUGGAUCGGUCUGUUCAGAGACUCAUGGCAGUGGUCAGAUCAGAGUAACUCCUCAUUCAGAUACUGGAAAUCUGGUGAACCUAAUAAUGCUGGAGGUAAUGAAAAAUGUGCAGUAAUUGAAUCAAAAGCUCAGAAACAAUGGCAUGACAUCUCUUGUAACAGCCGUUUUCCUUUUGUUUGUCAUGAAGAUAAACUGAUUGUGAUCAGAGAGAAUCUGACGUGGUCUGAAGCUCUGAGAUACUGCAGACAGAAUCAUGUGGAUCUGGUCUCGGUUCAUUCAGAAGAGAUUCAGCGUCGUGUGAUGAACGUGGUUAAACGGGCGUCUACUGCGGCGGUGUGGUUGGGUUUACGUUACUCUCACAUUUUGGGCGUCUGGUUCUGGGUGAGUGGAGAGACCGCGUGCUAUCAGAACUGGGCUCCAGGGAACGGCACAUCAGAGGAGGACUGUGAACACACAGUGAGAUCUGGAGCAGUUCAGUCUGGAGGAGAUCAGCGCUGGAUCAGCCGUCCUGAAACUGACAAACUCAACUUCAUCUGCAGCAGAUAUUAA